AUCCGGGGAGGCCUGAGAAAGGGACGGCCCUUUUCGCUGCGCAGGGGGGAGCGGCGUGGAGUGAGCGCGACGUGCGGCCGCCGCCAUGCCGCAGAACGAGUACAUCGAGCUGCACCGCAAGCGGUACGGCUACCGGCUGGACUACCAUGAGAGAAAGAGGAAGAAGGAAGGGCGCGAGGCUCACGAGCGCUCCAGGAAGGCCAAGAAGAUGAUCGGGCUGAAGGCCAAGCUGUACCACAAGCAGCGGCACGCCGAGAAGAUCCAGAUGAAGAAGACAAUUAAGAUGCAUGAGAAGAGAAAUACAAAGGAAAAGAAUGAGGAAAAAACACCUAAAGGAGCUGUACCAGCAUACCUGCUGGACAGAGAGGGCCAAUCCCGGGCUAAGGUUCUCUCUAACAUGAUCAAACAGAAACGAAAAGAAAAAGCUGGGAAGUGGGAAGUUCCUUUGCCGAAGGUCCGUGCACAGGGAGAAACAGAAGUUUUAAAGGUGAUUCGUACAGGAAAGAGAAAGAAGAAGGCCUGGAAGAGAAUGGUUACAAAAGUUUGUUUUGUUGGAGAUGGAUUUACUAGGAAACCUCCUAAGUAUGAACGAUUCAUUCGACCAAUGGGCUUACGUUUCAAGAAGGCACAUGUGACACAUCCUGAACUUAAAGCUACUUUUUGCCUGCCUAUCCUUGGUGUAAAAAAGAAUCCUUCUUCUCCUUUGUAUACAAGUUUGGGUGUAAUUACCAAAGGUACUGUCAUUGAAGUGAAUGUGAGCGAACUGGGCCUCGUGACACAAGGGGGCAAAGUUAUUUGGGGAAAAUACGCACAAGUAACAAACAAUCCAGAAAAUGAUGGCUGCAUUAAUGCAGUUCUCCUUGUCUAAAUUGUUUGAUACUACACAUUGGACACUGCCUUCUACAAAAUCAACAGAGUUUCAAUAAUUUUGGAAGAUCUCUGGAACCUUCAACCAAUCAGGCAUGCUGAUCCCUUAAGUGUGCCAGAAAGACUGUUCAGAUCUUUAUAUUUAAAAUUUGUUUAUCUGACCAUUGUCCAAAUAAAGAGAUUCAAUUUUUAUGUUUUGUUACUAUGUUAUGGAUUUGAUCUUAACCUUCAUGAUUCUAGAACAGCAAUCAAGCAGCUUAGAUUAUUUUCUAUAUUUAGCUCACAUCCCUAGUGACAGGAAGUACAGCCAUUAUCUCCUGUGAUGGUUUACUGUAAAGCUAAAGUUGUGGAGAUACAUAAGAACUUGCAUCCUGCUGCUGGGGAUGCAGUAGAGGUAGAAGAAUGCAGUCUUGCUGCAGACUGACCUUAGAAAUUUAACUCUUGAGUUUGGUAUUUGCCCUGGAGAAGGAUGGGUUUGGAUCACAGGUGCUAUGUGAGUGUGCAGGAAGGGAAGCAUAUUAGAAUCAUAGAAUGGCUUGGGAUCUCAAGGAUUAUUGGGUUGCAACCAUAGCAAUCUUGAGUGCUUUUAAAAAACAUUAAAGUGAAAGUUGUAAGCAUCAGCUGGUAGCAUAUAUUUAGCUUCCAUCUUCAAAGUACAGGGAACAAAAACUGCUUUACACUGACUUCUUCCAGUCAAGAAUUUUGUGGUAAAUAAACUAGGCAUCAUCUAUCACUACAAACACACACUGAUAUGCACACCAUUUAUUCCUAUUUUUACACAGUACUUCAGGUCAAGCAGAGGAGCUUUUAAGCACAAAUUUGAAGUAAAAUCCUUAACUUUUUCCAGUUUGAGAACCCUCUUAUUCCCCAACAUUGUAAGAGGGAACUUUCAAACAAAGCUCAGGCUUCUUCAGAAGCCAAGUAGUGAGUAGUCUGGGGGGUUGUUUUUAAACACGAAAGAGGCAGCUACCUGCACCUGUCAUGCCUGCAACAAGCUACAGGAAUAGGCAGUCUGAGUAUCAGAUGACAGCAGAUAAAAUUUGAAAGGACCUGCUGAAAUUGUCAAAGCUUCCUACUUAAACCAGAGUCAACUAUAGUGGUCUGAGGACAGUGUUCAGACGGGUUUUAACUAUCUCUAGGGAUGGUGAUUUAUGAUGGGCAAUGUGAUCCAGUGUUUGACCACCCUGAGUGUUUAUAAGUUAGGAAGCUUAAUAGAAUUUUCUUCACUCCAGUUUGUAAUGAAUGAGAAUGCUUCUCAUUCUGUGAUUUUGAUUCUGAGAUUCUGUUACUGAGCUCCACUAAGAAUCUGGUUUCAUCUUUAUACCCUCAGAGCAGGUAUUUGUACAGAAGGGAAAGAUGUCUACUCCCCCAGCCUCAUGUACAAGCGAUGCUCCAAUCAUCUUCAUGACCAUAACAGCAUUUCCAGAUCAGGAACUCUAGCCAGGAGCAUCCUGCUUCUGCACAUUCCGUGAUUUUUCUUACACCAUCCAAGAGAAGCAGUACUUUAACUGUUUCCCCCUCUUACAGGCUACUUUGUUAGUUUACCAGUUUGCCCUAGACUGGACUCUAUACUGUAACUGAUUAUGGUUCUUGUUUAUUUCUGCAAUGGUAAGUGAUUCAAAACUAAAAGCAGGUCACAAGCUAGUAAUUUGCUUGAGGAGAGGGCAUUUUUUCAAAAUGUUACAUUACCUUUUAAUGCAUUUUAAUAACAAACUCAGCUACCUCAAGAGCACUACUACAUUUUGCGUUGUAAAUACAUGACUUGUUGGCUGAGUAAUACAAUUAUUGCAAAUAAAAUUACAUUUUAAACACUAUACAGAGAGUUGAUAAGUUCAUAGCAAUGCAGGAUGAUGGGAACUGCAAAAUGCAUACAGUAAACAUACUUCUUAAAAAGCUGUAGAAUAGGCUGCUUCGUAAGAUGCAUAAGUUAAUACAGCAUUUUUUUUUUUUUUUUUUUUAAGUACAGGAAUUCUUUUUCAGUGAAUAUACUUACAGCAUUUAAAGCUCUUCGGUAGCAGACAGAUUGCAAGGUAAUAGAUUGCAAAAUAACACCAAAUGUAACUACACUGUUUUGUUCUAGUGAAUUAAACCACUUUAAAAGAUGCCUCCUGCAUAGCAGAAAGGAAUCAAAUAUUUAAAAAUAAAUCACAAAAUAAGUUUAAUUACCUUUUCAAAACAUUUCAAAAGCAGUCAAGACAAUACAAAGAAAGGAAAAUUCAGAACACACUUACUAGCUCUAAGUACAGUACUCUAGAUCAGCAUCACAUCUUUCAUAGAAUUUAUAAAUACUAGUUUAAAAAACAUCUAACACCACAUUCAUGAAAAUAAAUAUAGAAGUAUAUCCCCUUGGUAGUAUCUUUUAAUGGUCACUCGAGGAGAGGAUGAAACUUAGGCCUAUUUAUUGCUGUUUUCAUCCUAGUAGUGUUGAUAAGUUCUAAAUGAUCGAUUUGAUUACUGACACCCACAAAUGAAAUGGAAAAGAAGUACACCAACAAACAAAGUAUGACUUAUUUAAAACAAAUUUAAACGAAACUGGAAUAAAUACAUAUUUUUAUGUAAAGGGCUAUGGAACAUGAGAAUGGCAAACAAGAAUUCUGCAUGAAAUGAAACCAAAAGAAACUGUGAGAAACAAAGCAAGUUCUAUUGAAAAUUAAGCAGCAUACAAGAGAAACAUUUUUACAAGCAAUGCAUUCAAACACAGAACUAUUUACUAUUUAAGUGCAAUGUUGAAAUCACAAGUAAAGAUUCUUUAAACUCCAUUCCCAGGCUAAAUAAAGCUCAAAAAUAAUACUGCUCGCUUUCACCAUACACACGUAACCGUAACAACAUACCAUAACAGUAUCUGGUACAAACAAAUGAACUUGAUGUUUCAAUCACCGGUUUGCUGGUGUGGUAAGAUCUUAAAUUGUUUAGCAAUUCAGUGGUAGUAAGCCAGACAGUGAACCGACCAAAGAAAAACUGUCCAGGCAUAAAACAAUUUUUCCCAAGGUAAAACAUUUCAGUCAAUACAGUUGUCAGAUAAGUUUCCUUGCUUCAAUGCAAUGGAAGGUAUAGAUGAUUAAACUACUGUUCCAACUGGACAAUCAUCACAACAAUACAAACUAUUAUAUUUAAAUCAGUAGUUUGAUUUGGCUACUAUAUAUUUACUGCAAGACAACUGAUGCCCAAGAAGUUAUUAGAGAAACAAACUCCAUUCUAGCUCGAAGUACUGCUGUGAUCACAGUUAAGAACUAUUUCUAGGUUUCAAGACCAUACUGCUUAUUAGAACUGCUAAUUGCACCACGACUGCCCACAGUAGGUAGAUAGCAAUCUGGCCAUUGGCUACUAUCUCAAGUACCCCAAAAAAAUACAGCUAGCUACCCAAGAGUACACGUAAAGAUGUGAAUUUUAGCUCAGUAUUUCAAAACUUUCUGGAAUUUGAUCAGAUACCUGACUUUUUUUUUUUUUUUU